AUGGAAUCAGCUGAAAAAAAUGAUAAAAUAAAGUUGAUUGACGACAGUUCAGAAUUAAAAAGUUUAUCGCCUAUGUCCAAGGUUGAUUUGAGUGACGUAAAUGUCGACAAAAUGUUUAAUGGUAUAAAUUUGAUGGAGGUGCAAGAUGACAAUUCAACAGAAAAAGUUCAGCGUUUUCCAACCGAUCCGGCGGAUUGGUUACGUACUGCAAAUUUUAUAAAAUAUUGUGCAGUAAAUGGGGUAGAUCAAAAUAAUAAUGACAAUUUUAUUCAAUCAAAAAAUCAAUAUUCUGUAGAUAAAGUGAGAUUUUGUAACAAAACUAUGUUUUUUUCAAAAUUACCAAAUGGUGAACAAAUUUCACGUACAUGGCUUGUUUACUCUCAUAAAUUAGGAAAAGUUUUUUGUGCACCUUGUUGGUUAUUUAAAAAUGAAUCUUCUACUUUAGCUAAUGAUGGUUAUAAUGAUUGGAAAAAUGCACAUGAGCGUCUUAAAGAACACGAAGGAUCGUUAAAUCACAAAACAUGUUUACUAAAAUUGAAAGAUUUAGGACAAGAACAAGGAACAUUAGAUUCUAUGUUAUUGGUUCAAAUUAACCAUGAAAAAAUGUAUUGGAGAAGUAUUUUAGAGAGAGUAGUAUCUGUAAUUAAAUCAUUAGCUUCACGCGGACUUCCAUUUCGGGGACAAGAAGAGAUUUUCGGAUCGCCUAAAAAUGGAAAUUACAUGAUGCUUCUUGAAUUGUUAUCCGAAUUUGACCCUUUCUUAGCACAACAUAUUUCGAAAUAUGGUAAUUCUGGUAGUGGUACUACAUCGUACUUAUCAUCGACAAUUUGUGAUGAAAUUAUUGUAUUAAUGGCCAAAAAAGUUAAGGAAGUUAUCAUAAAUGAGGUUAAAAGUCGUAAAUAUUAUUCGAUUGUCGUCGACUCUACACCAGAUAUAACACAUUCUGACCAACUUGCUUUUAUACUUCGCUAUGUCAGUGAUAAAGGUGUACCGACAGAACGAUUUUUAGAAUUUAUACCAAAAGUUGGUCAUAAAUCUUUGGAAAUAGCUGAAACAGUCAUUAUGACAAUCGACAAUUUAAAAUUAAAUAUAUCAGACUGUCGUGGACAGUCAUAUGACACAGCUAAAAAUAUGUCAGGUUGUUAUAAUGGUCUUCAAGCUCGAAUAAAAAAUAUAAAUCCUUUGGCAUUUUAUAUCCCAUGCGCAGCUCAUUCACUUAACCUAGUAGGGUCGCAUGCAGUUGAAUGUUGUAAUGAAGCAGCUACAUUUUUUGGACUAAUGCAAAAUAUCUAUGUAUUUUUUUCAAGUAGUACACAUAGAUGGGAUCUCCUCAAUAAUAAUAUGGUAUCAAAAUCACGUACAUUAAAAGCACUUUCCAAUACGAGAUGGUCAUCGAGAGAUUCUGCAUGUCUGAGCUUAAAUGAAAAUUGGUCUGCCGUUUUAACUACAUUAACAUACAUAAUGAAUGAUAAUACUGAAAAUAAUAUCACUAGAAAUGAAGCAAAAGGACUAAUGAAUAAAAUGAGUUCUUUAGAAACUGCAAUCAUGUCAGCUGUGUGGGGUUUUUUGCUUAGUCGAUUAAACUUUACAAGUAAUAAGUUACAAAAUGUCAAUAUUGAUUGUUUGGAUGUACUUCAGUUAUAUGAUAGUUUAAUUAGAUUAAUAGAACAGACUCGCGAAAAUUUUGAUGAUUUUGAAACGGAAGCAUUAGAAAAGGCAGUCAGGAAGGAUUACAAAAUAACUACAACAAGAAAAAAAAAGCGAAAAAUUUUCCAUGACGAAUCUGAAUCUGAAGAUAUAAAUUUAUCGGAAUUGGACAAUCAAGAAAUUAGAAAAUCGGUUAAAUUACUUCAAAACAUUUAUCAAAAUGAUGUAGAAUUAAACGAUUUUAUAAAUGAAGUGUUACAUUUAAAAGCUCAUGUCGAUGUAGUCUCUAUAGGGGAAAAACACAACUUACUUGGUCUUCAAACAUUUCUAUAUGAAAAAGACUUAACAAAUAUUUAUCCAAAUAUAGAAAUAAUACUACGCAUUUUUACUUGCACAGCUGUCACCAAUUGCUCAGCUGAAAGAUCGUUUUCGUGUUUAAAAAGAGUAAAAAAUUACUUACGUUCUACUAUGACUCAACAAAAAAUGAACUCACUUGCGAUUCUAAACAUUGAAAAUCAAAUAACUUGUCAGUUAUCAUUUGAUGAAAUUAUAGAUAGUUUUGCUACAGAUAAAUCAAGACGCAAAAUUAUUUAA